UGUGACCCCGCCGCUGUCCCCAGGUGCUGUCCCUGCCCCACCGGCGCCUGGUCUGCUGCUGCCAACUCUACGAGGUGCCCGACCCCAACCGGCCCCAGCGCCUGGGGCUGCACCAGCGCGAGGUUUUCCUCUUCAACGACCUGCUGGUGGUGACGAAGAUCUUCCAGAAGAAGAAGAUCCUGGUGACCUACAGCUUCCGGCAGAGCUUCCCGCUGGUGGAGAUGCACAUGCAGCUCUUCCAGAACGCCUAUUACCAGUUUGGGAUCAAGCUGCUGUCGGCGGCGCCGGGGGGCGAGCGCAAGGUGCUGAUCGUGUUCAACGCCCCGAGCCCCCAGGACCGGCUGCGCUUCGCCAGCGACCUGCGCGAGUCCGUGGCCGAGGUGCAGGAGAUGGAGAAGUACCGGGUGGAGGCGGAGCUGGAGAAGCAGAAGGGCGUGGCGGGGCCGCGGGGCGCGGGGCCCCCCCGCGAGGCGCUGAACGGGCUCAGCCGCAGCAGCCUGGAGGAGGCGUUCGGGGCCGAGGGGCUCAAACGGAGCGCGCUGAGCAGCUCCCUGCGAGACCUGUCCGACAGCGGUGAGACUGGGAGC